AUGAUUGAGCAUAUAGAUAAGCAUGGAUUUAUUUCAAAUGAACCAAGAACUGACAGCACAUUAACACAUUUUCAGGUGAAUGCUCGCAUUGAGAAGUGGAUUAACAUGCUAGCGAACUGGCCUGACUAUUCAAACUACUCAACUUCAAAAUAUAAAGCUCUCAAACGUAGAUGUCGCAAAGGUAUCCCUAGCAACAUCCGCAGCAGGGCUUGAUUUAUGCUAUGCAAAGGUCUUGAAGUGAAAAACAGCUACCCCAAUCACCUAUAUUUUAGGCUUUGUAACCGUGAAGAAGACCCUCCUUGUAUGCAUGAUAUUACAAAAGAUGUAAAUCGGACCUUCCCUGAGCAUGUGCUAUUUAUGGGCCAAGACGGUCAGCAUUCUCUGACCAACGUUUUGAGAGCUUAUGCGUUUUUAGAUCCAGAAAUUGGAUAUUGUCAAGUUAAUUAAGUUAAUUAAUUAAUCUGGCGAUAAGCGGAGUUAACCACUAGUAUUUGCCUUGUCUUGGUUCCAAAAAGUCAGUCUCCGUAUACCUCGGAGUUCAAAUAAGAAAUGGAAGGCUGCUUUUUGGAUUUCCGAAUCUAAACAAUAUCUCCAAAAGAUUAGCCCCAUAGAGCAGAGCAACCUCUAGAAGAGUACUCCAAUGGUCCGAUAAGGAAGGACCAUGUAGUAGGUAAAACCUGUCUGGCCUAUCUGGCAGGAACAUAAAAGCUUUUGGUGGAGAAACAAAAUUGCCUCUUCGCAAGGCAUACUCAAAACCUGAAGGCCUACUUCAAAGGGAUAGAGGCACUAUUUUUAGCUUCAUCGGGAUGGGUCCAAAUUAUCCACAAGGAGUGCCUAAUUUCCGUCACUAUCACCAUUUUAUUUCUAUCUAGGUAUUGUCAAGGAAUGGCAUAUAUCGUUGGAGUUUUUCUGAUGCAUAUGGAUGAAGAAAGUUCUUUUUGGAUGCUAGUGAGCUUUAUGUACAAUUACCAAAUGAGGGGCUAUUAUAUGCAAGGGAUGACAAAAGUCUAUCAAAGUUUAUAUAAAGCAAAUUAUUUGCUAAAACUGCAUGAACCUUCUUUAUGGAAAAAGUUUUCUGAUGUAGAAUUCUACCCCCAAAUUUAUGCUACACAAUGAUUUAUGACUUUGUUUAUAGUUCAAAAUAGAGAAUGAUAUCAUCUAUUAUAUAUUUUCAUUGUUUACCUUUUUAUUGAAAAUUUGCAAUUUAUAAAUUUUUAAUUUAUUUUUUAUACUAACUCCCUCCAUAUGCGAACAUAAAAAUUUUUUUUUCUCUAACUCCCCCCCCUCAUCCUUGAUCGAACGGCUCGCCAUCGUUCGAUCAAGGAUGGGGGUUAAAAAAUUUUUUCUGGGAAAAAAAAAUUAUAUAUAAAAUAAAAUAUAUAUAUAUAUAUUUUUUAUUUACUUUUAAAUAAGAGGGUUAAGAGUAUUUAAUAAUUAUUUUUUAUAGCAAAAAUUUGAAUUAAUUUCAUAAGAAUACAAAUAUUUAAUAUUUUGAUUUAUUAGUCACCCCUUUAAAAACUUUAUAAAUUUUAAUUUGUUCCUUAUUGAAUUAAAAAAUUUUUGUUUUAAAUUUUAAAGAAUCUCUAUUUUUUAGAUUAUUAAAUUUUUAAGCCUAGGUUGAUGACUAAAUCACUUCGAAUGGUUGAUUCCGUAGCUUUUUGUCGUCUCAAAGUCUCUGAAAACAACUUCAUUAUGUACAUCUUCCCAAGCUUCUGAUAACUAAUAUAUAAAAAAUUUGCAUGAUAUGGAAAUCGUUCGAUCAAGGAUGGGGGUUAAUUUUCCCAAUUUUUAGGAAUUUUUACAGUCAAUCGUUCGAUCAAGGAUGGGGGGGAGUAAUUUAUUUUAAUCAAAAUUUUAUUUUUUUAAAUUAAAAAAAAUCGAAAUUCGCAUAAAUUGGAAAGUAAGAAUUAAUGUAAUUCUAAAAAAUUCUUUUUAAAAAUGCAAUUUGCUUAAAAUUUACCAGAAUUAGCUAGAGAUUUAAUUAUAAUACUUAUCACUUAUAUAUCAAAAUAUUUUAUAAAAAAAAUUUUACAUUUACAACAUUUUUUUCACAAAGGGUAGGCUUUUACCCAUAAAAUAGGUAUUUUUCCAAUGGUUUUGUUUAGGCGCAAGGGGAGUAAAUAUUCUAUAAAUUAGCUUCUCGCCAGUUAAAAUUCACUAAAGCCUAAAGUAAGCAAAUCCUAGUAAAUUCCAUUUUUAUAUAACACCUAAUUUAAUAAAGGAGCUUACAAGCUCUUCGUAAGAGUAUAUAUUUUCAUUUAAAAUAGACACAGUUCUGAGAAUAUGGGACUGCUUUUUACUAGAAGGUCCAAAAAUUAUUUUCCGGGUCUUUUUAGGAUUCUUUAAACUGUACAAAAAUGAGCUGCGAGAUCUAGAUUUUGAAAAUCUGCUGAUGGCUAUACGAAGAAUAGAAACCAAUUUAGAUGCAGAUUCCCUACUUAGAGCUGCAUUUAGCAUCUCAUUAUCUAGAAAAGAACUAGCAGAUAUAGACAGAGAGUACCAAAACUCUCCUAACCCUGCGCUUUUAAAUUAA